CCCCAAAUCCUCUGUCAUCGUUCUCUCCAUUAUGCAGACUCUUCCUGUCCAAGUGAUCAAUGAGGAAAAGGAAUUUACACCCCACAUGAGCAAAUUCCUCAGUGAUUGGGACCUCGCUGACGCUGGAUUCAACUACAAUAUCGUAGCUGUUUUCGGUUCGCAAUCCACAGGAAAGAGCACACUCUUGAAUCGGCUAUUUGGAACCACAUUCGAGGUCAUGAACGAAUCUGAGCGCCGACAAACAACUAAAGGCAUUUGGGCCUGUCGUGGGAAGGGGAUGAGUGUUAUGGUCAUGGAUGUCGAAGGCACCGAUGGUCGAGAGAGGGGCGAGGAUCAAGACUUUGAGAGGAAGUCAGCACUGUUCUCCUUAGCGAGCUCGGAGGUGUUAAUUGUCAACAUCUGGGAGCACCAAGUCGGCCUUUAUCAAGGCGCGAAUAUGGGUCUAUUAAAGACUGUUUUUGAGGUGAACCUUAGUAUAUUCGGCAGCAGGAAUACGCUUGAUGCAGCAACUCAAAAAACUCUCCUCCUUUUCGUCAUCCGCGACCACGUUGGCUCCACUCCACUCGCCAAUCUUGCUCAAACCCUCACUGCAGACCUGAACAAGAUUUGGGAUUCGCUCUCUAAGCCAGCGGAGUUAUCAUCACGUCGUCUUACCGACUAUUUUGACCUCUCUUUUACUGGCCUUCCUCACAAGCUCCUUAUGCCUGAAAAAUUUGAGAGAGAAGUAGUUGAACUUAGAAAGAGGUUUACCGACAGAAAUCGGGAGGACUUUAUCUUCAAGCCGGCAUAUCAUAAACGCAUUCCUGCUGAUGGCGUUGCUCGUUACAUGGAGGGGAUAUGGGAACAAGUUCAAUCAAACAAGGAUUUGGAUCUGCCUACCCAACAAGAACUCCUUGCCCAAUUCCGUUGCGAUGAAAUCGCGGCGGUCGCUCUCGAACAGUUCAAUAUCCAGUCGAAAUCCGUACGUAGACCCAUCGAGAGCGGCAAGGUUCAGGAAGAGUUGGGAAAAUCGAUGGGUUCAUGGAAGGACGGAGCACUGGCUCGUUUCGACCGUGAUGCCUCCCGAUAUCACGCUGGUGUGUAUAAGCGCAAGCGUGCAGACCUCGUGGCGCAGAUACAUGCAAAUCUGAGCCCGCUGUUCUUUGGGCAAAUCAAGAAUCUACACAAACACGCCGUUGUAUCGUUUAAGAAGGCUGUUUUAGAUGGUCUAAAGGGUGAUUCGUAUGACUUCGCUUCCGUAGUCAAGGGGGCUCGGGCGACUUGGGAAGGGGCUUUUACGGAUGGCGCGAAGGAGGCAUUGCUUGCGGACACGGACUGGUCAUUCGAGGAGGAGCUCGCCUCUCUGGUGGAGGAAAUCACCCAUAUAGCUGAUCAAUGCCGAGCGGAUGAAACCAAAAAGAUGGUCAAUCAGAUAGAGCGCAAUUUACGCAACCAGAUAUCGGAACCUAUCGAACUGGCUUUGAAUAGGCCUUCGCCAACGAUGUGGGACAGCGUGCUCCUGGUACUCCGUGACGCCUUAGACAAGGCUUCCAAUGUGUAUCACAAAAAGGCUCAAAGCUUCAACUGCACAGAGGAGGAGAACACUAGUUCUCUCAAUAUCUUACGGCGGCGAGGUUGGUCGGGGUUACGGUCGAAGGUUGAUGAACAAACCACCGAUGCAAGUAUCCUGGGGAAAUUAAGGUCAUCAUUCGAAGAGAAAUUCCGUUAUGAUGAGAAUGGGGUACCUCGAGUUUGGAAACCUGAAGACGACAUCAACGCCGCCUUCCGAAAAGCCCGGGAUCAAACCUUGGAACUCGUUCCCCUCUACUCCCGGAUACAACCUCAAGAUCCGUCACUGGAGUUCUCCCUUCCGCCAGACGCCGACGAAGCCAGCCUUUCUAUGAACGGCGAACCCGUCUUCGAUUUCCCUUCCACCCUAGUCGUCUUCACCGAGUCGAAGCAGCUAGAUAUUACCACCAAGUUCAAACGAGAUGCAGACGCUUACUAUGUUGAGGCGAAGAGAUCCGUUGUCAGUAGUGUGGCGCAAGUCCCCAUAUGGAUCUACAUCCUUUUGGUUGUUCUUGGGUGGAAUGAGGCAAUGGCGGUGCUGUUCAACCCAGUGUAUUUCGCAGUUUUGCUUUCGGCCCUCGGUUCUGUGUGGAUAAUCAUCAAGCUAAACCUCGUCGGGCCGCUUUAUGCAGUUACCACCGCGGUUACUACCGAGAUCCAGCGUCAAGCUACCGCUAAGCUAAGGGCCCACUUUGCGCAACCGCAACUCGGAGCGCCCAUCGUUGCACAAAAUCACACCUCGUCUCACACACACAAGCAAAGCGAAAGCGAAGAGUUUGAGUUGAAUACACAACCCGAGCUGUCGCCCAUGUAGAAGUCGUAUUUGCGCAUCACUGGCUGAUGGAUCAUACAUUGUUUGGUAUAUAAAUUUUAGUGACUAAUUCUACAUUUAAUACAUCCCAAAAGCCGUGCGUUAGGAUACUCACUCGAUUCUAAGAGCUAGUAACAUUGAAGACUUGGUAAUAACGUGCUGUAGUGUACAGGAUGCAAAUAUCCAGUUGGUUCAAAUAUGAACUCAUGAAU